AUGGCAUCGCGAGUCAUUCUCUCACAAGCGCGCGCAGCGGGGGCGAAGCACGCGCCGCUCUCCGACAACCUCAUUGCGCAUCUCCUCAGGCCGCUGAAAAACCCGCCCGCCGCACCAUCCCCCGCAGCCUCCAACGUCGCAUCUGCCGCCUCAAAAUUCGCAUCCGCCGCUGAUCCCUCCAGUGUUUCCUCCCCGCAAGCACCGACCCCGCAUCCCCCCGCGCUCCCCGCAACUGACCUCGAUCGCCCGUACCGCAGCCAGUUCAGUCGCAGGCCCGCAACAUCCGCUAUCUCGCCGGCCGUCGUUCCUCUGCUCCUGAACCUCCAACCCGCUCCGCAGCCCACCUUCGUCGGCUCAAUUCUCGACACAUGCGCUGCGCUUCCCGCGGAAGACGCUGUUCCCGUCGUCUCGUGGUCCAAUGUCCUGCCUGCGAGCGACGGAGCCGUUGGCCCGGGAGAACAGCCCCCGGCGGAAGCUACCGAUUCCGCCUCGCUUGUCCUUCCUCUCCCCGUGCUGUCAGCCGCCGCUGCUAGCCCGUCUGCUGGCCCCUCCCGUCGCCGCCCCGUCUCCGCCGUCGAUUCUCCCGCUGCCAAGGCGGGGGGCGCGAGCGCGGCAGCACCGAGGGGCGUUCAGGCGAUCGUGGACGACAUUCUCAGCGGCCGCUUCAAGGAUGCGCACCGCGAAUUGUCGCGCACUACCGCUGCUUCCGCUACCGCGCCCCGUCCCGCCGAUGAACCCGCCGCUGCCCCACCCGCCGCAACUGUCGCCGCUGUUACGGCGGCCCUUCGCGCACCCCCCUCUCCGAAACCGAACCCCACCCCCUCUCCCACCGCGAAGGCCGCUUCCGUAGCGGCUGAAGCCACGGACUUCCCCCCACUGCCCAGCGGCAUCGUCCUUCCCGACGUUUUCCCCCUCAUGGCCUCCCCAAUCGCCUCUCCGAAAGCCGCGCCAUACCUCUCCGCUUUGACUGAUUGCGCGCACCCUUCGUCCGCCACCUCCUCCGCGCCCGCUGUCGCCGGUUUCACCAGCGCGUCAAAACCAGUGGCGUUCACCAUCGGUUCCCCCUUGGACGAGUUUUUCUCCCCCGAUUCCUCCCCGCCCGCCACGCUCUCCGCUCUCUCUUCCGCCCUUGAUCAGGGCGAUUCCUCCCCGGUGCUGGCUGCCACGUCAGCUUCUGCUGCCGCGGCUGCUGCGGCCGUGUACCACCACCCGCACUUCCUGGAGUCGCAGGACGGCAGCAAGGGUCCAGCGGUGCGGCGCAACGGCAGCAAGGGCGGCAAGCAGGCCAAGGGCGGUGAGGCCAAGCCUGCCGCUCGUUCUGGUGAUCGCAACGGCGGCAAGCGCAGCAAGGCAGGAGGUUCGGCCGAGGCUGAUGAUUGGGUGAAGGCGAAGCUGGAGCAGCCGCAAGCCUCCGUGGGCCAUGGCCGUGGAUUGGACGCCAAGAGGGCUGGUGGGAAAACUGCCACUACAGUUGCUAUUGGUGCUCCAGGGGGGGUGGUUCGUACACUUGAGCUUUAUCUGCCUUAUUCAACCGCAGCCAUUAACCCGACCACUAAUGGUCCUGUGAUUGGUGCUGCGGCACCUGCUGGGCCUCGUGUGCCUGAUGGCACCCGUGGGUUCACUUUUGGACGUGGGAAGAGUCUUGCGUGUUAA